UUACCGCCGCCGCCGCCUCUCACUCAUAAUCAUAACGAGGUCAUCUGAAGCAAGAUAUUGUUGCGUGCGGUACCUUUCAAAAGAUACAUUAACUAUUGGAAGGGCAGCCUGCUAGAAAGAGCUUCUGUGCCGAGGAUGACGCUUCGUCGGCAGCGGUCGCGGCGGCGACUUCUCGAUUUAACGCUGUUAUUAGCCGUGGCCUCGACCUCUUCCGCUCUCAACCUCUCUCAAUUUCAGAUCAUUGUAUCCGACCAAAUACCGAAACGUUGCAUCCGCGCCUACCAGUCUGAGAUCGACGGCUGCGCAGUCAAAGACUUCUCGAAUGGAAAUCAAUGCUCGUCAAAAUGCGUAAAGGGGUUGGAAGAAACGGCGUCCCUCAUCGACGAUGCCUGUGGUGACCUUCGGGUCACCGAGCAGUCGUUGCUGGGCAUUGUGUUGUCCGGCCGUUUGGUUAACACGCUCUGCCCCGGACUCGAUUCGGUCACGACGACCUCGACUGCGCGAACUUCCUCUACAAAUGGGUUUAUAACCUUAGUUCCGCCACCAGCACCAACAACUACGCGGGACAGAACCAGCACCACCGACAAAGCCACGACUACGAAGUCUACAUCCACCGCGACUACGACGACUGCAUCCAGUAGCAGCCUAUCGGCGACGAGGCAAUCCACCACAGAAAGUGCAGACCGAGGUAGCCCUGUCACUUCAUCACGAACGUCAAGUCCGUCUAUCGACACUACGUCGAUUCAAAACGCGCCGCAGUCCACCGUGACGGAUCAACCGGCGCAGUCGCCACCGCCGGACAAUACGGACCAGGAAUCGGAACCUUUCGUCGGCGGGAGCCCGUUUGACCCGGCCCCCAUCCAGAACCGAGGCGCGUAUGCAUACUCGGGGUACGGCACGAGUGCCUUUGUAGGCGCGCUAGCUGCCGCCAUCCUCAUGCUACGGUAGGGGCGGAUGGGGUUGUCGCGUGUUUAACCCACGUAUUGGAAGCUUUUCGAGCGUGUAAAACCAUUCGUAAUGUUUAAACAAGGGCGGGAGCUCGCGGACUGCGAGGCGUCGUCUGGUCUAGGGCCUUUCCGGGGAGCGGUGCCUCGGGCAGAGUAACCCUAUUGCGC